CGAACGGCCAUUGAGUAAUAUUUCUUGCGACGAAUUCUCAUAAUCUUAAAAUAGGGCUCUGUCCUUUUCUUUUGCUUUUCCCUCACUGUUCAGCUCAAUAUCAUGGAUGGUGAACAAGAUUCGUCUCUUGCAGAGAAGGUGCAAGCUCUGGAAGCAGAUAUGGAGCGUCUAUACAAAGAGAAUGAGAGGCUCAGCUCUUUUCUUGAAGUGAUGACCAAUAACUGCAGGUUCCUUCAAGCCUACCUGCAGGGGAAGGUGACACAAGAAACAAUUGUUGCGGCUACUGCCCAGAGUGGCUCAAGUGAAGAUUCCAACAAGAGAGCUUGGAAUGAAGUUGCAAAAACCAAGAUGUCUCGGAUCCUCAUAAGAACCGACCCUGGGGACUGCAGUCUCGUAGUGAAAGAUGGAUACCAGUGGAGGAAAUAUGGACAGAAGAUUACUAAAAAUAACUCUUCACCUAGAGCUUAUUUCAGGUGUUCCAUGUUUUCAGCUGGUUGCCCCGUCAAGAGAAAGGUACAGAGAUGUGUAGAGGAAAAUUCCUUACUGGUUGCAACAUAUGAAGGAGAACAUAACCAUGCGGUUAUUGAAGCACCAAGUGGUUUUACAAAUUCACCAAAUUGCACAAUCAUGGCCUCAACUACCAAUUCCCACGGUUUCUUACCUAAUAUUAAUCUUUCUAAACCAAAUACAACCCUUGGUUUGGCGCUUCCUACGGUUCAUGAAGACAGCAGAAGUCCUAGCCAUGAUUCCAUGGACAACAACAGAAUUGAAGAAUAUGUGGCUUCCUUAGCCAGAGAUCCUAACUUCACUGCAGCUUUAGCAGUAGCAGUUGUACGGUCAAUUGUGACCCUCCCUCAUCCGACUCAGAUGUGAAAUUUGAUAUAUGUUAUUAGUCUUUUUUUGUUUUUUUUGUAAGGGGUAUAUGUUAUUAGUCAAGGUCGGCUUCUUGGAUACUUGUGGACUUAAUUAUCCUCAUGGGAA